UGGCACUGUCUGUAAAUGCAGUGUGUAAAAUUAACGCACGCAUGCGCAUCAAAUUCCUUGCGACGGAAACGUGUGUUCACUGUUCAAAACACAAAUUAGAGUUGCAGGCAUGGCUUCAGUGGAUGUUGAGGACUUUAUUGAACAAAAUAGGCAAUUGGCUGACCAGGUAGAAACAUUUCGUUCAAUAUCAGAGAGCGAGAAGCAUUGGAAAUCAAGAAGAGAGUUUAUCUUUAGGAAUAUAAACGACUAUGAGGAUCCUCAUUUAGAUCACCUUCUCGCCUUGUCCAUGGUUUGGGCAAACAAUGUAUUCCUGGGCUGUCGGUACAGUCCGGAUCUCCUUGAUAAAGUUCGAGGAAUGGCAGAGGGAAUUGUUGUCGAGGAUGCUCCUGUGUUCAAGACCAGAGACGAGAUAAUGCAGCAGCAGCGGAAAUGAACAAAUGGCUGGAACUGGAGUCACUUCGCAGGCAACAGGAAUAAUCGGCACAGAAAUCCAGUGUGCUGAACAAUCCAGUGUGCUGCUUGCAUUGGAUUGAUCAAUGAUUUUGUGUCUUAGCCUUAUACUUAAGUUUUAUGAAGUUUUAGAACUCUACAGUGGAACUUUUUUUGUUGUUGUUGUAAACUAUUUUAUACUUAUAUGUUCUCUAUAAAAUAAACUUUAGCAAAUAGGCUUACAACUGAUGGACCAGACACUUAAAUGUAUUUCACCACACAGAAUAAUAAAUGCGUUCAUUCAA